CAGGAAGAGGCUCCGUCCCCGCCGAACGAAUCUCCGCGAACUUUCUCGACCCCAAACCCUCCUCCGAAUUUGCCCUAGCUAGCGCUCCAACGCCGCAGCCGGAUCGUCCCGCCGCAGCCGAGAUGACCCCCCUGAGCCCCGACGUCGCCGCAGAGGUGCGGUUCCUGCUGGAUGGCGCCACCGACUCCAACUUGGAGUCCAAUCGCCGCGAGCUCUGCCAGUUAGUUGACUGCGGCCUGGAUGGAUGCAUUUUGGUGCUCCAAGUCUGUUUGAAUCAAGUGAUGCUGAAUGCUGGGGAGGUGAAGAACUCCCAGCUGAAACAAAAUCUUCUAUCCGACGUUUUCAGAUAUUGUUUGGACAAAACAUACUUCAGCACCAGUUUUUGCGAGGCGCUGAGGACGAUAACUCUCACUGAUGGUUUUCUUGAAACCUUGUCGAAUCUGCUGCAACUCUCAGCAGCUGAGAAAAUUGGUGUCGGUCUUGUGCUGUCAGAUUCUGAGGAGUCAGAGAUAAAGCUGAAAGGGCAACAAUUUUCAAUCGCUCAAAUUGAGGAGCUGUGCUCGAAUCCUGUUCAAUCUCUAUCAAAUGACCAAAUUCAUGAAAUUGUUGUGUUUCUGCAUCAGACCGAUGGCCUGUCAAAGCAUAUGGAUACAUUUACUAAUGUUAUAUCUUUACUAAAAGUCAGAGAGAGGCCUUUUUUUGCACCUUUCCCAAAUGAGGAAUGUGAUAUUCAAUCAACAAAUCCUUCAAGACGUUUGGAGAUGUACUGUGGUAGCAUGGAUGAUGACUUUGAGUCACUUCUGUCUGAAAUCGGGAAAGCAAUAAGCAUGGCUGACAUUGUAACCGAGUUGGGUUAUGGAUUUACCGUUGACAGCACCCAUUGUAAGGAAAUACUUUCCAUUUUUGAGCCUCUUGAUGAUCUCGCAAUAUCUAAGUUGCUUGGGGCAGUUGUUGGCACUCAUAAUGGUCUUGGAGAGGCCCAUAAUACAUAUGCAACAUUUGUAUCUGCUAUUCGUAAUAGCCACACGAGUGACUCACCACAGUUGACUACAUGGAACGCAGAUGUUCUUGUGGAUUCAAUCAACGAACUUGCCCCUAGUACAAACUGGGUGCGUGUAAUGGAAUGUCUUGAUCAUGUGGGUUUCAAUAUACCUGAUGAAGCAGCCUAUUAUCUAUUGAUGUCUAUAUAUGCUCGUGCUUGCAAGGAUCCCUUUCCGCUUCAUGCUAUUUGUGGGUCAUUAUGGAAUAAUACAGAAGCCCAAAUAUCGUUCUUAAAGCAUGCAGUUUCUGCUCCAACUGAUACAUUUACAUUUGCACAUUGUUCUAGGCGCCUGGCAUUUCCGGACCUGGCAGGUCCUAGUCAAGGUAAUCAUGCUUGGUUCUGCCUUGACCUUCUAGAGGUUUUAUGGCAGCUUGCUGAAGUUGGGUAUAUUGUAUCUGUGCGAUCAAUGCUGGAGUAUCCGCUGGGACAUUGCCCUGAGCUCUUACUUGUUGGUGUUAGCCACGUCAAUACUGCUUAUAAUCUCCUUCAAUAUGAAGUACUAUCUUGUGUAUUUCCUGCUCUACUGAAGGACGCAACUAAGCGUAAUGUAGUGAAUUAUCUCUGGCAUAUAAACCCAUACCUCACUCUUCGAGGAUUUGUUGAUGCUCAUUCUGAUCCAGAUUGUUUCCUAAGAAUUGUUGAUGUGUGUCAAGACUUGAAGAUUCUAUCUGCUGUUCUUGAAUCUACUCCAUUUGCAUUUGGCAUUAAAUUGGCUGCUGCUGCCUCUAGGAAAGACCGUAGCCAUCUUGAGAAAUGGCUGACUGAAAAGUUGUCUGUGUGUGGAAAAGGUUUCGUUGAGGAAUGUGUUAAUUUCCUGAAAGAAGCUAUGAGCAACACAGCUUAUGUCGUAGAGGGUACAAUGCAACAACCUCAAGCUAUUGUUACAAAUAUAUAUUGGGAGUCUUGUCCUGUCUUCAUAAAGGCUCUCCAGUCUCACUCGGGGCAGCCCUUGUCUGAUGAGCUAGUGGAUGAGCUAAGGAAAUUGUAUGCUCUGUAUGAAUUGAAGAAUCCUGGUUCUGUUGUAAGGGAGCUUCCUACUUCUGAGGGAAGUUCAGAUGACAUUGAAGUAGAGGCAAAUGCGUAUUUUCACCAGAUGUUCUCUGGGCAGAUAAACAUUGAUGCUAUGAUACAAAUGCUUGGUCGCUUCAAAGAAUCUUCAGACAAGAGGGAGCAAUCAAUUUUUAGUUGUAUGAUCUCAAAUCUGUUUGAAGAAUAUAAGUUCUUUCCAAAGUAUCCUGAUAAGCAGCUUAAGAUAGCAGCUGUUCUGUUUGGAUCCCUCAUUAAACAUCAACUUGUGGCUCACCUCGCACUUGGAAUUGCUCUGCGUGGUGUUCUUGAUGCCUUGCGCAAAUCUGUUGAUUCAAAGAUGUUUAUGUUUGGUACAACAGCACUGGAGCAGUUUGUGGAUCGUGUGAUAGAAUGGCCACAAUACUGCAAUCACAUAUUGCAGAUUUCACAUCUUCGCGGAACACAUUCUGAGAUGGUUUCUGCUAUUGAGAGAGCCCUUGCCAGGAUUUCGUCAAGUCAAAAUGAGCCGAAUGUCGGCAACCUGCUUUCUGCAGAACAACAUGCUUCCGGUUCAUCAUCCAUUGAAGGCAUAGAGGCAUCAGAAUCAUCAUGGCUGGUGGGUACAACCCCAACUCAACUAGGAAAGCUGCUUUCUUCUUUUCCUUUGCAACAUAGGAGGCAGGGUCUUUUUGGGGACAGGUCCAAGGUUUCUAUGAGCAUCUCUCAGAGCAAGAGCAUUUUAUCCAGUCAACCUCCCCUUGCUACAGCAUCUGCUGAUUUGUCUAUUAAUUCAAAGGCAAAUGUUUCACCUUCAUUACUAGCUUCACCUCAUCACUCGACCAGUAUGUCAACGAGUAUGCAUGCUGCUGGUUUUCUGCGUUCUCGAAGUACCUCAGGCUUGCCUAGGCAAACUUCGUACACUACUGGAUUUGGAGCUGCAUUAAAUAUCGAGACACUUGUAGCAGCAGCAGAACAAAGAGAUACACCCAUUGAGACACCUCCAUCUGAAGUUCAGGACAAGAUUCUUUUUAUGAUCAACAAUAUAUCCACCUCAAAUAUGGAAGCCAAGGCAAAGGAAUUUAAUGAGGUGCUACAGGAACAGUAUUAUCCUUGGUUUGCACAAUACAUGGUCAUGAAAAGGGCAAGCAUUGAACCAAAUUUUCAUGACCUGUAUUUGAAGUUCUUUGAUAAAGCAAACUCAAAAUCCUUAAAUAAGGAAGUACUGAAAGCUACAUAUGAGAACUGCAAGGCCUUAUUAAGAUCAGACCUUAUCAAAUCUAGUUCUGAGGAGCGUUCCUUGCUAAAAAACCUAGGCAGUUGGUUAGGAAAGUUCACCAUCGGUAGGAACCAGGCACUAAGAGCAAAGGAGAUUGAUCCAAAAUCUCUUAUUGUGGAGGCAUACGAGAAAGGAUUGAUGAUUGCAGUCAUACCAUUCACUUCAAAGAUCCUUGAACCUUGCCAAUCAAGUAUAGCUUAUCGCCCUCCAAAUCCCUGGACCAUGGGAAUUCUAAGUCUACUUGCUGAGAUUUAUAAUCUACCAAACCUCAAGAUGAAUCUGAAAUUUGAUAUUGAGGUUCUGUUUAAGAACCUUACUGUGGACAUGAAAGAUGUGAAACCGACUUCCCUGCUUAAAGAUCGAGUACGUGAGGUUGAGGGAAAUCCAGAUUUCUCAAAUAAAGAUGUUACGGCAUCUCAACCCCCAAUGGUUGCAGAAGUCUCUUCAGGGAUCAUCCCUUCACUUACUCAUGUGGAAAAGCCUGAAAUAAAUAACAGUUCCCGCGCUAUGAGCCUUACAAAUAUACUAAAUCAGUAUGCUGCUCCAGUUCGUCUUCCUGCAAACAGCACGGUGGAAGAUGACAAAGUUGCUUUAAUGAUGCCGGAGCAAGUUCCCUCGCUGACCCAGGUUUCGCCUGCACAAACACCAUCUCCAUCUCCAUUUUCUGUUAAUCAGCUUAUGGCGGCUAUUCCACGUGACGAGAUACGCUUCAAAAUAAAUCCAAAACUUGGCUCACUUGGCCCACAAUUGCAGUAUAGCAAAAUUAUGGAUUUGGCUUUGGAUAAGGCUAACAGGGAGAUAAUACUCCCUGUUAUUCAAAGAAGUGUGACAAUAGCAAGCCGAACUACAAAAGAACUUAUUCUGAAGGAUUAUGCACUGGAGUCCGAUAACAAUACCAUAACUCGAUCUGCACAUUUGAUGGUUGGAACACUAGCUGGAAGUCUAGCACAUGUUACUUGCAAGGAACCUCUUCGUGUUGCCCUAUCAUCUCAUCUUCUAAAUCUCAUUCAGAACCUUAUGAGUGGCAGUGAAACCAUUGAGCAGCUUAUUCACAUCCUAAUCAAUGACAAUCUGGAUCUCGGCUGUGCCAUUAUUGAGUCUGUGGCAACACGUCAGGCUGUUGAAAUGAUUGACGGUGAAAUACCGCAGUUAUUUUCACAACAAAGGAAAAAAAGAGAGGUAGCUGGUCCUUCAUAUUAUGAUGCUUUUAAUUAUGCUCAAGGUCCGUUUGCUCGUGUACCUGAAGCCCUACGUCCUAAGCCUGGACAUCUAUCUGCUGCCCAACAGAGAGUGUAUGAGGACUUUGUUCAUGUAUGGCAAGGCAAUAGUCAAAAUGUUGGUGCUGCAGGUUCUGGUUCAUCUGGUGCUGCUGCUGUCUCAAGCAAUCUUGGCGUACCUCGAGCUCACAGUCCAAAUUCAGCGCCAGCAACCUCCAGUAUUUUUUCUACUGUUCAAACGGGUGCACUUGCAUCUAUAACUCCAGAACUAGUGUCUGAGGAAUCAAUUCCUGGUAUUGCACAACUUUCGAGUGUUCCUCCUGCCCAAGUUGGGACAAGCGUAUCUUCUGUCGUAGGUGGAACUGUUAGUGCUGCAUCUGCUUUUCCUCCUCCUUUGGCAUCUAACGACGUUCCUGUGGGUGGAACAACAGUGACAACAAAUGAUAUAAGUGCUACGGUGCCACCUCCAUCUACAACUGCUGCCGAUCGCCUGGGAUCUAUUUUACUUGAACCUUUGAAUACCAGUGAUGCUUUGGAGAGAUACCAACAGGUUGCACAAAAGCUGGAAGCCUUGAUUGCUAAGGAUGGUAAAGAUGUGGAAAUUCAGUCUGUUAUUGCGGAAGUUCCUGAUAUCUUACUCAUGUGUGUUAGCCGGGAUGAGACUGCAUUAGCUGUUGCACAAAAGGUUUUUAAAAGUUUGUAUGAUAACGCCUCAAAUAGUACGUAUGUCAGAUGGCUUUUAGCAACUUUAGUUGCAAUAAGAGAUGUCUGCAAGCUUGUUGUCAAAGAGUUAACAAGCUGGGUAAUCUAUUCUGAUGAAGAGAAGAAGUUUAACAUUGAAAUCAUUUUUGGCCUUAUUCGUUCUGAGUUGCUGAAUCUUGGGGAAUACAAUGUUCAUUUGGCAAAGCUAAUUGAUGGUGGAAGAAAUAGGGUUGCAACAGAAUUUGCCAUGUCGCUACUCCAAACAUUGAUUACUCAAGACUCUGUUAGCAUCUCAGAGCUUUACAAUGUUGUUGAUGCACUAUCAAAGCUUGCAAGGAGACCAGGUUCACCUGAAUCGUUGCAACAAUUGAUUGAGAUUGCAAGGAAUAAUGCGAACACCACUACUGGUUUUGUUGUUGGGAAGGAUGAAAAGGUCAAACUGACGAAGGAUAAACAGGUCUUAUCUACCCGGGCAACCAAAGAGGAAAGCACCGUUAAUGAGAUCACAUCGGUUGAUCCAAGCCAGGUUGCGGUCCUAUUUUCUGAGUGGUGUCAGAUGUGUGAUCAUUUGAGUGCUAGUGAUGUGGCAUACAGUCGUUUUGUCACACAGUUGCAGCAGGAUGGCCUGCUGAAGGGAGAUGAUAUCUCUGAAUGCUUCUUCCGUAUUCUCACGGAACUUGCUGUUACACACUCUCUAGUCUCGGAGCACAUUGUUGCUCCUGGUGGAUCAUCUCAGCAAUCACCACAGCAACCUCAAGUUUCAUAUUUUUCUAUUGAUUCAUAUGCAAAGCUUGUGGUUAUGGUGCUCAAGUACUCUUCAGUGGAAGUAGCACCGAAUAAAGUCAACAUACUUUCCAAGAUUCUUUCUGUUACAGUGAGGACCAUUCAGAAAGAUGCUGUAGAAAAGAACGCUUCAUUUAACCCUCGGCCAUACUUUCGGUUAUUUAUAACUUGGCUAUAUGACCUUACUACUUCUGACGUCCACCAUGAUGGUUCUAAUUUUCAGGUUUUGACUGCAUUUGCAAACGCAUUCCAUGUACUGCAACCUUUGAGAGUUCCUGCCUGGAGCUUUGCUUGGCUUGAGUUGGUGAGUCACAGGAGUUUCAUGCCAAGACUGCUGAUGUGCAAUUCGCAGAAAGGUUGGCCAUUUUUUCAGCGACUGCUUGUUGAUCUGUUCAAAUUCAUGGAGCCAUAUUUAAGAAAUGCUGAACUUCCGGAGCCAGUGCACCUUUUAUACAAAGGAACUACGAGGGUUCUACUUGUACUACUGCAUGACUUUCCUGAAUUUCUUUGUGAUUAUCACUUCAGUUUCUGUGAUGUGAUCCCUUCAAGUUGCAUUCAAAUGCGCAAUGUCAUUCUUAGUGCAUUCCCACGCAACAUGAGACUUCCAGAUCCAUCUACUCCGAAUCUAAAGAUUGAUCUGCUGGCUGAAAUUUCAAUAGCUCCACGAAUCAUGUCGGACGUUGAUGGUGCUUUGAAAUCAAAGCAGAUGAAGACUGAGGUUGAUGAGUAUCUCAAGAGACCGGAAGGCUCUUCCUUUCUAAGUGAUCUGAAGCAAAAAUUGCUGCUGCCUCAGAAUGAAGCAUCUGUUGCUGGGACACGCUACAAUGUGCCUCUGAUCAAUUCGCUUGUUCUCUAUGUUGGCAUCCAAGCUGUGCAACAGCUGCAACAGAACAAGGCUAAUGCAUCUGCAUCAGUACAGCAGAUUAACCAUGCUCCUCCGAUGGAUAUUUUCCAGAUUGAAACAGCUACUGAGAUAUUCAGAUAUCUUAUAACAAGCUUGGAUACAGAGGGUCGCUACCUUGUUUUGAAUGCAAUUGCUAACCAACUGCGCUACCCAAAUAACCAUACGCACUACUUCUCCUUCAUCAUUCUGUAUCUAUUUGCCGAGGCUACCCAGGAAAUUAUCCAGGAGCAGAUAACGAGGGUUCUUCUGGAACGUCUAAUAGUGAACCGUCCUCAUCCUUGGGGAUUACUUAUUACCUUCAUUGAGUUGAUAAAGAACCAGCGUUACAACUUUUGGAACCGAUCUUUUACCCGCUGUGCACCCGAGAUUGAAAAACUGUUCGAGUCCGUUGCGAGGUCCUGCACCGGAAAAGCUGUAGAUGAAGGGAUCGAUAGCAGCCACUAAUGCAAUCUGGUGUCAGCGAGUAUUUGCUCGAUACUUGGGCUGCACAGAUCAUCUGUAUAGUUGAGUUGUAAAAAAAAAAGAUCGUUGUAAUUCAUAAUUGUGAUGUGCCUAAAAGAGUUUGCCGAACACACUGAUCCUCUUGGGAUCUUGUGAUUUAUAUAGCAGCGGCUGAUUACAGAGA